UAAAAACAUAUUCCCUCCCUGGUUUGAUUAAAUCCCACACACUAGUAGAUAUUUUGCACUACAGAGGACCAAGUAUAGUACAGUCUAGACCUCUCUUGCCCUAUGGAUGGUAAAAAAUUAUCUACAAAUGUCUACAUUGUGCCUUGUGGGAAUCAAGACAUUUAGUCACACAACAAGGGGCAGCAGCUAAAGCCUACAACUUCCUCUUUUUCUGCUGAGAGUAUCAGAAAAAGUUUUGAAUGGAAAAUCUAUUUUAAAAUACAUUGAAUGUUGAAGGAUUUUAUAGUUUCCAAUGGUGUACAAUUUUGGAAGAAUAACACAUUGCCAACAUUCAUCUGGAGAAUGAUGUCAGGAGCAUGUAUGGCUGGUUUAGUCGAUUCUUAGUAAAACCUAAAAAAGAUUCUGCACAGAGCAGCUCUUCUCCACAUGUACCGGUAGCAAGAAGCUCUGUCAGGACUCCAUCUCCUUCUGUCAAUGGUGCCUUAUCAUUGGCUCCCAACUCAAGUCCUACCUUACCACCUGUUUUGAGUUCCACUAUUCGCUGGAGCCAGACAUACGACGUGUGCGUCUGCCAUAGUCCUGAUGACACUGAAGAAGCCAUUUGUCUGGUUUCUUACCUGGAGAACACAUCCUGUGGCCUGCGCUGUUUUCUGCGACCACGUGACGCAGAAUUGGGUGGUGCCAUCUCUUCUGAGAUAUGCCACGCUGUGCAGAACAGCCAUUGCCUGGCCCUUCUCAUCACCCCUAAUUUUCUGCUGGAUGACUGGUGCAAGUAUAUGAUGCAUCAGGCCCUGUCUGAGGGCCCCAUGUCCAAUCGGAUCAUUCCCCUGGUCCUUAACCUGUCUUACUCUCAGUACCCACAUGAGCUACGUUUUUACUACUAUAAAGACCUGAGUAAAAAUCCAGAGCAAGGCUACACACAGGUGUACAAAACAGUGCUAAAGUACUUGGAGGACAUGGUUGCAAAAAGCUGCAGAUGAAGUUAAAUGCAACAUGAACAGUACCAGCAACAACAUGGAACAGACAUUGUUUCCCCCAAGGACAGAACUGUUGUCAAACUUUGGGUAUUCAGCAAGUUUCCUGUCACUUUAACGGGACUGUUCUACAUUGAAUAAAGUGUAGACAUUAAUUUAGGGAGAUUGCCUAAAUGCACUGUGAUGGUUAGUAAAAUUCUUUACACUGAGUUUCAUCUCAGCAGAUUGUCGGUAUUAAUACAUGUUUAGACGUGAGGUAUUACUACACACCAGUGUCAUGCAUAUUGUUUUUCAAUUUCAGUAAUCAAUAUAAGUAGUCAGUUACUUACAUUAAGAAAGUUGAUACUUUUGUUACUUUAACAAAAUCCGCUUUACUAUGACAAUCCCUCCCCUAAGGCAAUCCCUCCCUUAGGCCAUGAUGUUCAGGCUCCCACUGUUUCUGCAUACAAAGGUUAUGGGAGGUGCUGCAUGGUGGCUGUAGCUAAAUAGCUGGCGAGCUGGCAGAGACAAUAUAAUUUACUGUGGGAGUAGUUACAUUAUUUUUAACUGGUAGAAGUUGAAUGGUUUUAUUUAUUUAACUUUGAAGAAAUAUAGAUGUCCAGCAAAGGUCAGUGCAGUGCCACUAGAGGGUCAUGGGUGGAUAUGGGGCAGGGCUGCCUUGUCUCAAUGCCUUCUAGUGACUAUUUGUGGUUGUUGGGCACGAGCAAGCUAUAUUGUGAUUGCUGGCCAGUGAAUGUUUUAGUGAAGUAAGAAGACUCCUAACAUGUAAAUGACUAACCAAAACCUUAAACUGACCCUUACCUUAAUCUUAACCAAACCCUGACCCCAAGCUUAUCAAGAGCAACUUAAUAGAAUAGUAUUGAACACAUGCAUUUUCAUACCGGAAACCACCAGAAUAAUUUAAUUUGAGCUUAGAAUAUUUAAUUGCCAUUUUAUCAAAACUUCAUUAAUAUGAUGUCAUAACUGUCAUGGUACGGUGAGCAGCAGCGCCACCGUUCCCUACACCCUCAGUUCCCAUCACUUAUGAACACAUCCCAGACUUGUUUUCUGUCACGUCUUUAAUCACGCACACCAGGUCCCUAUCACACCAUUUGUAAGUGUUUAAAUGUUUCCCCUCUGCUCCCUGCAUUUGUGGAUAAUUUUUAUUGUUGGAUGGUGUUGUGUGUGUUGCCGUUUGAACGUAAGUUUCUUUAGAGCCGUUGUGUACUGUUGUGUACAGCCCUUUUCUUUCAUUGUGUUUUGUUUGUGCUCGGUGUUUGUUUGUUUAAUUAAAGAACUACACCAACUACCUCUGCCUGCACCUGGUUCCUUGAUUCCGCAACACCGUACUACUGACAAUAACAGCUUUUGUCGUCAUUUUUUUGGAAUUUGUAUUUUGUUUGUUAUAAAAAGAAGCUGUUAUUGUAUUCAAACUGAUGCUU